AUGGAGACAAAGAAGAUAGUUUCUACAAACUCAAGAAUCAAAUUCACUGAGCACAAAACGAAGAGCAGAGUCGUAACUACAAUAACUCAACCAAAAAUCUUACGAAUCACUGUUACUGAUCCUUACGCUACAGAUUCAUCCAGUGACGAAGAAGAUGAUUUUCAAGAAAUCUCCAAGAAACGACGUCGUGUUAAGAAAAAGUAUCGAGGAGUUAGACAAAGACCGUGGGGAAAAUGGGCGGCUGAGAUUAGAGAUCCGAGUAGACGUGUACGGCUCUGGUUAGGUACUUACGACACGGCGGAGGAAGCAGCCGUUGUUUACGAUAACGCCGCUAUUCAGCUCCGUGGUCCUAACGCUCUCACUAACUUCUCUCCUCCUUCUCCGGCGACAACGACGGAGAUGACCGGAACUUCAAGCGGAGAGGAACUCUCCGGCGUAUCGACGACGGAGGUUGCGGUGAAAGAGGAGCUCUCCGGCGUGUCAACGCCGACGACUGAGGUUAAAGAGGAACAGUCCGGCGUAUCGACGGCGACGAUUGAGGUUAAAGAGGAACUCUCCGGUGUAUCGACGGCGUUAUACUCAGACGACGACGUUUUUGGUUUCCCGGCGUUGAUGUCUGACUUUUACGGUGGCGAUUUAUUUGGGGAUGAUAUUUUCGGGGAUAUUAAUAUUGGGGAUCUAUUCGGGUCGGAUCCUCUUUUAGCUGUUUAA